AUGCAAGCAAUCCCGUCCACUUACCACCAAUGCAUCAAGUUUCCCGGUACGGACGGCGCAAUUAAAACGUUGCGAGGAGAUCAGAAGGCCGCUCGAGACCUAUUGAUCUCCACUGUUAAGCUCCAACAUUCUUCUCUACCUGUCAACUCUGUCUCUCCCCCGAUCUCCAAAGUUUUCCCCCAGAAAGACGAAGUUCUUGAGUUGCCCAUCGACGACACAUACCCGAACCAAACGGCACGAAUCAGUUCAUAUCUAUCUGAGGACAUGCAGCGGUCGAUCCUCGACUUCCUCAAGGAGAAUGUAUCUACGUUGGCAUGGUCCAUGGCGGACAUGAAAGGAAUUGAUACAGCGAUAACAACGCACGAGCUUAAUGUCGACCCAACCUUCAAGCCCAUUCGACAAAAGAGACGAAAGCUUGGUCCUGACAGGUCUAAAGCUGUGAACGAAGAGGUGGAAUGGCUACUCGGUGCCGGCUCAAUCGCUGUGGUACGUUACCCUGAGUGGUUAGCAAACCCAUUGGUGGUCAAGAAGAAGAAUGGGAAGUGGCGCGUCUGCGUCGACUUCACCAACCUAAAUAAAGCCUGCCCAAAGGAAAGCUACCCUCUUCCCAAUAUUGACGGUCUAGUCGAAUCCACCACCGGAAAUGAGAUGCUCACGUUCAUGGAUGCUUUCUCCGGAUAA